AGAAACAGAAAUACUGAAGAGUGUAGUACUCUGUUUCUUGCCGCGGCAGGCAGGACUGGUACACCGGUCCACGGACCCAGCUCACAGUUCACAGGCAAAAGCAGUCGCCUUCUCCAUCUCUCCUCCCUUUCGUCUCGCUCCCUCGCGCAUGCUCCAAAAAGCAGCUACUCCUCCCCCAUCCUGCUUUCCCCUCCUCGUCUAGGGUUUCCCACCCCCAUGCCUCUCCCGAAACCCUAGCCGCCGCCUCCUGUUCACUGCUCUCCUCGCCGCUGCAGCCGUUUCCGGCCAUGGCCGCUGGAGCCAGCGACUACUCUUUCGCGGCGGAGUACGUUGGCCCGCCACUCCCCUACACGCUCCCGCGCGCCAUCCCGCUCGACCUCUCCCGCAUCCCGCUCGCCGCGCUGUCUUCCUCGCCCCCGGCCUCCCCCUCCGCCUCCUCGUCUCCACUCCCCGUCGUUCGCCCGCUCACCCCGUCCUCCCUCUGCAACGCCAUCCACGCGCACGCCCACCCGGCGCCCCGCUCCGCCGUCCCCGCGCCAGCCGGGGGAGGAGCUGUGGUGGAUUCCCCCACCUCCGUCAUCGAGAACCACCACGCUGCCGCGCACCACUCCGCCGAGCUCCCCUCUUCCCCCUCCGACGACGAGGCCGCAGGCGACGGCGACGGCGACGGCGGCUCCGAGGCGCUGCCGCUGAAGCCUCGCCACCACCCGCCCGUGGUCACCUUCGCCGAGACCAGCGGCUCCCUCCUCCAGUCCUCUGAUGACGAGGACGAGUAUGAGGAGGAGGACGACGACGACGACGAUGCCGACGCAGGGGAGACUCGGCCCCGUGCUGCUGCCGGCCAGUCGAGCGGCUCCCUCUCCCCUGCGCACUGGAGGGGCGGCAGGACCCGCGGCUGCUACAGGUGCGGAAAAGGAGGCGGCUUCUGGGGCCGCGACAAGGAGUCGUGCCUCGCCUGCGGCGCGCGGUACUGCGUGGGGUGCGUGCUCCGGGCGAUGGGCUCCAUGCCGGAGGGGCGCAAGUGCCUGGAGUGCAUCGGCCGGCCAGUGGCCGAGUCCAGGCGGGACGCGCUGGGGCGAGGGUCGCGCGUGCUCCGGCGGCUUCUCAGCGCAGCAGAGGUGGAGCUGGUCAUGAGGAGUGAACGGGAAUGCGCGGCAAACCAGCUGCGGGCGGAGGACGUGUACGUCAACGGCUCCAAGCUGUCGCCUGAGGAGCUCGUGGUGCUGCAGGGGUGCCCGUGCCCGCCGUCUAGGCUCCGCCCGGGGUUCUAUUGGUACGAUAAGGUGUCUGGCUUCUGGGGAAAGGAGGGACACAAACCACAUUGCAUAAUCACCGCAAAUCUAAAUGUUGGAGGUUCUCUAGAUCAAAAAGCAAGCAACGGGAACACCGGAAUAUUGAUUAAUGGGCGAGAGAUUACAAAAUCUGAACUGCAAAUGCUUAAGUUGGCAGGAGUCCAAUGUGCUGGGAAACCUCACUUUUGGGUGAACGCUGAUGGGACUUACCAAGAGGAAGGCCAAAAAACUGUUAAAGGAAAGAUCUGGGAUAAGCCUAUAGUGAAGCUUCUUAGUCCUGUUCUGUCAUUGCCAACACCCAACAAAGCAGCUAAUCAAUCCAGCGAAGAUGCUGUUGACAUAGUAAACAGAGCCAUCCCUGACUACCUGGAACAAAGAACAACACAGAAGUUUUUGUUGGUUGGGUCAGGGGCAAGCACCAUACUCAAGCAGGCGAAGUUCUUGUACAAGACUGGCAAGCCAUUUUCAGUGGAUGAGCGUGAAGAUCUGAAACUUAUCAUACAAAGCAACAUAUACAACUACCUUGGCAUAUUGCUUGAAGGGCGUGAGCGGUUUGAAGAGGAAUCUUUAGCUGAUAGAAGAAAAACCAGUCAGUGUGACCCUUCUAGCUCUGGGUGUUGUGAACCUGGAUUAUGUGACGAAGUCACUGAGUACUCCCUUAUUCCACGUUUGAAAGCAUUCUCAGAUUGGAUUCUUAAAGCAAUGGCUUUAGGUAAUCUUGAAGACAUAUUUCCUGCAGCAAGCCGUGAAUAUGCACCACUUGUUGAUGAAUUAUGGAAAGAUCCUGCUAUUCAAGCUACAUAUAGAAGAAGUGAACUGCCAUUCCUUCCACCUGCUGCCAGUUAUUUUCUUGACAAGGCUGUUGAUAUAUCUCGAACGGAAUAUGAGCUGUCAGAUAUGGAUAUACUGUAUGCUGAUGGGAUUACAUCCUCAGAUGGGGUAGCAUCAACUGAAUUCUCUUUCCCUCAGCUGUCUUUGGGUGGACUGGGUGUUGAUGAGCCCGAUGCACAAGACACUUUGCUAAGGUACCAAUUGAUCAGGAUAAACAGUAGAGGUUUGCAUGGGAACUGCAAAUGGCUGCAAAUGUUCGAUGACGUAAGGCUUGUUAUCUUCUGUGUUGCUGCUAGCGACUACGAUGAGUACUACGAAGAUGCAAACGGUACCAUUGUCAACAAGAUGAUAGAGAGCAGGCAGCUGUUCGAGAGCAUCACCCUCCAUCCAACAUUCGAGCAAGCAGACUUCCUUCUGCUCCUCACCAAGUUCGAUCUCCUAGAGCAGAAGAUCAGCAGUUCCCCGCUGACCUCGUGCGAUUGGUUCAGCGACUUCACUCCCCUGAUCAGCCGCAACCUCCUCAACGGCGGUGGCGGCGGCGGCCGCAGGACUGCGCGCAGCAGCACCGGCGCGACACUGCCCCAGAUGGCUGCGCACUACAUGGCGACCAAGUUCAAGAGGCUGUUCGAGUCGAUGACGGGGCGGAAGCUCUACGUGUCGUACGUGAACGCUCUGGACCAGGAGUCCGUCCGGUCGGCGAUCCGCUACGGGCGGGAGGUCGUCAAGUGGGAGGAGGAGAAGCCCGUGUUCGGUGCCAGCGAGACAGUCUACAGCGAGGAGCCGAGCUCCUUCACUGCCUGACCUUCCUUCGUCGUGUGCAGAAGAAGAGGUGUAAAUAUCUGUGCAUUUCUUUCCUCCCCAGCACGCUCUCUUAGAGCUGUACCCCCAUCCGUCCCGUCGCAGAUCGUCCGUCUUGUGUGGCUGUUCAGUUGUUUUUGCAAAGUAGAAUGGUGGAGACGACCCGGCCCAUUCUGAUUCUUGUAAAUUGUAUUGUGGGUUGCUUGCGUUUGAUGCAUUAUUAGGCUGGCGCGAAGUUAAGUCUGCCAGACCAUCGGCUUGUAUGCUGGUUACUUCUGGUAUAUAUUGUCUGGUUCGCCAUCAGUGUCAAGAGAGACCAUACCAUGGGAAGGAUGCUUUGCUCCAUUGCUGAGAUAUUUUGCUGGGAGAUGCGUCA